AUUUGGUUCAGGGCUUCCUUGGCUCAGCCCUUCUGUACUAUCUUAUAUCCUGGCACUCAAAUUUGGAGACUGCCUUUGUCUGGGAAAAAAAAACAAAAAAAACCCAAAACAACACAGAAAAAGUAAAAUUUGGCAGCAGCUGUGAGUUCUGGCUGUGUUGAGAGGCUGCCCAGAGCCACAGCAUGGCAGGGACUCCCCUCAGCUUGACUGAACAAUCCAGAGCUCCCCUGGCUUUGGCUGUUGGCUUCUUGGGCAGCAGUCGUAUUGCCACAGCUGGGAGCUUUCCUGUCCUCUGUUCCAUCUCACCAACUCCUAAUUUCCAUACUGCUUUUUUCUAGAUCCCAAUACUUGCAUCUCUGUCCUACUGGAAAUUGCAGCUUUGUCCCCACUGCGCUCCCCUGGAGCCAGAUUAGAGGGUGGGCAAGGGGAGAUUGCAAAGCUGGUGCGCAGGGAGCAACAGCUGGUGUGCAUCUCAACAGUGCAAUCACUGAUGUCUUCUCAGCUCCUGGUGCCACUUGGCCUGUCCCCAAGGUUUGGGAACUGAGCAGCAGGACCUUCUCCAGCAGCCCUGGCACGCACAGGGGUGCUGGAAGGAGGCUCUGUACCCUAUGAGGCCGCUCUGUACCUGGCUAGGGCUCUUGGUUAGGGUGAUGCCCCAUCCUCGCUUGUUACGGAAAGCAAAAAUAGUCCAGGAGCCCCACGCCCCACGAACAUGCUGCUGGAAAUACACCUACUUAUGACAGAGGGGAGUAAAACCACGGGGAUCUGGUCCAUGCUAGGACCCAUGGUGGCUGGGCAGGAAUGCUGCCUUGGCCAUGGUGCUGUGACUGCGAGGUUUUUUUUUUCUAUUUUGGGGCACGCUAUUUGCAUUCUUGCCAGUGAAAGGCUUCCCCUGUAAUUAUCAGUUGAUUUAACUCACUAUCUAAGCUGUCAUUUACAGCUGCCUGGUUGGUAGAACUUGGCAUGCAAUGUUUCCAGCCGUACAAAGCCUCUCGCCACACUGGUUGCACCUCAGACAGCACCAGGACCCCCAGGCAGCAGCACUGGACUCCAUUUCCCCGUGGCUCAGUCCUUCCUGGAGAGGAAAAUGUCCCUGUCGCACACGGCUGCUGAGUACAUGCUUUCAGAUGCCCUCCUCCCAGAGCCCAGCAGCUCCCGUGCCAAAGGAUUGCGGCUGGAGCUGCCGAGCGACCGCGUGCUGAAGUUCAUCGCAGUGGGGCUGCCCCUCUUCCUGGUCUCUCUGGCCUUCGCCCGGGAGUUCUCUGCUGGUUCACAGAUCAGCUGUUUCUCGCCCUCCAACUUCACGGGGAAGCAAUCUGCCUAUGCUGACACAGCUUGCUGGGACUCACUCCUCCACCAUGGCUUCGAUGCUGAGGGACGUGCUGUCACCAAGUCCCUUUGGGCUCUCAAGGUCUUCCCGUACUCACUGCUGGUGGUGGCAGUGCUCAUGUAUCUGCCCUACCUGCUGUGGCGCUACGCAGCCUCCCCCGCCCUCCACUCUGACCUCCUCUUCAUCAUCGACGAGCUGGACAAGUCCUACAACCGCUCCGUGCGCCUGGUGCAGCACAUGAGGAAGGUCCAGCAGGCGAGCGACGAUCCGGAGCAGUUCUGGGAGGAGUACGAGAGGGCUCGCCAGGAGAGGUACUUUGAGUUCCCUUUGCUGGAGCGCUACCUUGCCCGCAAGCAGCACUCCCACUCCCUGGUCAUCAUCUACCUCCUGAGGAACCUCCUCCUGCUCUUGUUCUUGGCUGCCACUUGCCUCUACCUGGUCUUCCUCCACCUCAACAUCUUCUUCCAGGAUGAGUUCAGCUGCUCCAUCAAAACAGGGCUGCUCCAGGAUGAGCCUCAUGUUCCCCCGCUCAUACCCUGCAAGCUGGCCUUCUUCUCUGUCUUCCAGCUCAUCAGCCUCACGGUUGGUGGUGUGUAUGUCCUCCUUAUGCCUGUCGUCGUCUACAGUGCCCUGCAGCUCUGUCAGUGGGACAAAGGGCUGCUCUCCGUCUAUGAGAUGCUGCCUGCCUUUGACCUUCUCAGUCGCAAGAUGCUUACCUGUCCCAUCAACGACCUCAAUGUCAUCCUCCUCUUCCUCCGGGCCAACAUCUCCGAGCUGACGUCCUUCAGCCGCCUCAAUGCCGUCAGUGCCUUGCGGGAGGCCACUGCUGAGAAGCAGGACAUCGACACCGUUGUUGACUUCAUGACGCUGCUGGCCGGGCUGGAGGCCACCAAGCCCAAACACCAGCCUUGUACGCCCCUGGGCAAUGGCGAGGCCAUCGGUAGGUUCCCUGGGGUAGAGAUGCCCUAUUCGCUGUCUUCUCAGCACCCGCACUGUUGCAUUCCACCUUGGGGGUGAGGCAGAAUCUGUCUGCUCUGGCCCUUAACCUCUGCCCAGACCUUUAAGCUUUUUGGACUGGGGUGCUGCGGAGGGUUGCUGAGGGGGCGAUGGCUCCAUCUUCCCUAUUUCUGACCGGAGACUGGUUCUGGCAGCCAGGGCCGUGAUGCUACCACGAGCCCAUGCGUGGGCAGGAGUUGCUAUAGGAACAGUUUUGCUGAGGAGACUGCAGAGCUGGAGGCUUAAACCCAAACUCUGGUCUAAUUGGGGGGCUGGGGGUUGUCCUCAUUUUUGGAGAAGACGACAACCCAGCCUACUGAUGGGUGGGGGCAAACUAAAUUUUGGGGUGCUGGUGUGAUGUUCUGCU